CAAAUGAGUAUUUAAGCUGUGAAUUACGAGGUUGAAGAUAUGGGUCGGUAUUUCAAAUCGUAAAAAAAUAUGAAUUCAUUCUUAGAUCAAAGAAGAAGUAUAAAUGGACAUUCAUGUUGGAGGAUAAGCAACAUAUGUUGGAAUUAGAAUUCUCAUAUCUAAGUGGGAAAAGAAGAUUGGUAUUGGAUGGCAGAGUACUACACGAAAGCAUGUAAAAUAUGAAUCUAUUUUAAGGAUGCUUACUUCCUCAUUUCAGUAUCCCUUUACUCUUGAAGGAUUUGCUUUAAAUGUAAUUUAACAAGGGGAUGCAUUUGAAUUGAGAAUUAAUAAUAAGGUCUUCUCUCAUCUAUACACCUAAUGUAAGAAUAUAUUAAUCAUCCCUUAGAAAAAACACAGAACGAGUUUGUAUACGAUGAGAAACUCAAUACCAACAAUAAAACAGAUAACAACUUUUAUUCUGAGCCUCCGAAUUUUAAUACUCAAUUUUCCAACAAUAAUAACUUUCAAAACAAUUCAUAGUAUAUUAUAAAUCAUCAUAUUUCAUUAGAAAAAUUAAUUUAAAUAUUAAAUUUGAGAAUCAUAAGGAUCUUAAUCCUAUCUAAUAAAAACCAAGUAUAACAUAAUAGACUAAGUAAGAAUCUUAUUUUAUUUUAGAACAUCAACUACAUUUGGGUAACCUGGAGCAUUUGAAGAAUUUGAAUAGUUUGGUUAAGUAUCAAAAACAAGCAAUAAUCCAUUUGGAGAUUCUUUCCAGGUUUAAGGAUUUUAAUAAGGUUAAACAACUUAGUAAUAAUAAAAAAGUAAUAUAUAUGUAUAAUAUUAAAAAAAGAGGUGGAUUUAUUAAAUUUAGAUGAUGAUAUACCAUAAUAAAAGCCAAUAAUUACAUAAGAUUAAGAGCCUUUAUUUUAAUAAUAAUAAUAAUAAUAAUAAUAAACUAUAAAUCCAUAAUAAACUAAUUUAUUUGAUGCUUUUGGUAAUGGUUGGAAUCAAUAAUAGUAAUAAUAAUAACCUUAAUAAUAAUAAUAAUAACCUUAAUAAUAAUAAAACUUAUUUUAAUAAACAAAUUAGAUUUCAUAACCAUUUGAGUAUUUUAUUUUAUUCUAUUUUUAGUGCUUUUAAUUCAAUUCCAUAAAAUACAUAAGGAUUUUAAAAUCAAUAAAUAUAAGGUGGAUUCCAAAAUUCUCAAGCCUUUGGAUAAGAAUUUCCCUAAGCUCCCCAAUAAUAAUAAAAUUUAAAUAUCUUAAAUUUAUAUGGGAAUCAAUAACCAGUUGUUGGAAAUUUAGCUUAUUCAGCAUUUCCUUAGGUUUAAUAAUAUAAUUAGCCAGUCCCUUAAUCAUAGCCUACUCCAUUUGAUCUGUUCAAAUGAGAUAAAUAUUAUUC